CCCGACGAUGCAGCGUCAGUGUUUUUCGAGGAAAACGCGUGCCCUCGCCUCUCCGCGAGUCGAUGGAAUUAAGAAUCGGGAUUUCUGGGCGAUGAGGUAGGUCGUGGAAUUCUGGCACGCGGCUGACUAGACACCCGCUGGUAUGCGGGCGUUUCGCGCAUCUUAUGCAUUUCGAGAUUUAAGAGCCGCUCGGCGAGAUAAAAAAAGACGAAAGAUCCCCUGCCGUGAAAUACGAGUGUUGGAUUAGGAAAACACUUUGCGUAUUAACUCGCGGCCGGCGGUGUAUGGAGUGUGCCCGCGCAUAUGCAAAUACAGCGCUGUCCAAAAGGCAAAUACAUGCGACCGUAAGAUAAGACUCCGGGGAUGUGCCCCGGCCAGGACAUCGAGGGAGGACUCUCGCGGUCGAUCGAAUUACGGAUUAUUAGCGAUAAGCUCCCUUUCCCUCUUCCGACCGCAGUAAUGUCACGGUAAAACUCGUCUUACACGUUCGGCAUCUCGUUUCGGUGUCUCCUCUCGUACCUUUAAGCUCGCGCAGUGUUUCUGGAUAAAGCUCAAAGUUAAAAGGCCGAUCAACACAAACAGUGUAAUGGAAAAAAGAUCCAGAAAUUAUGCGAAACACGCAGGAAAACAAUUAUUUAUGGAAUAGAAUAUUCAUCGUGUGUAAUUGAGUGUAUAGAAAAUUAUAAUGUCAGUCAUGAGUGUGAGAAUAUUAAUAAAACUUGCGGUACGUAAGAAGAGUUUUCUUGACGGAGUUGCGUAUAGCUUUCAAACAGCUAAUCAUCCGUCCCCCAUCUUCCUUUUUCAGAGCUUCAUCCCCUAGAGUUAUUCUAAGUCUUGUCUAAAUAUGCCACAUGUGCAUCUCGUUAACGCUUCGAGUUCUCUUUACGAUUGUUGCCAUUAUUUUUAUAUUGUUUAUGUGAUUGUUGCAUCCCACAAAAUAACGAGCCUUUUUCUUAAAUCAAUUUGCAUACAGUUUGGAUUCCAUUUUCGAUAUAACAAAUUUUCGUUUCCUUUCUAAUGUUAUUUCAUAACUCGGGCUUUCUAAUGCAAUUUCAUAUUAUACAAUGUCUAUUUUAUUUUUUUUAUCCAUUUUUAUAAAAAAAUCUACUUCUUAAUAUUAUUGCUGCUAUUAAUGGCUUAAGCGAUAGACAUAGCGCGGCGGAAUGCAAUCAAAUCGCCGGAUAGACAAGGACCAAGAUCAACGAACUUUCGAAUGCAACGGUUGAACGAGGCAUGGUGCGGUGUGAUGGUCGAAAAAAGAAUUCGGAUCUUAAAGUAGGUAGCAUAGAGAUACAGAAACCGGCUGGUAGGGAGACAAGAAUAAAAUGGAAGAACGACGGAUGAGCAAGUCGUUUGUACGAGUUGUCUCCGAAUAUAAAUACCAAAGACCAAGUUAAAAAGUCAGCAGUUGAGGAGCGGACCCGGCACCGUGAGUUGUCACCUACACCAGCUUUCCCUUCUCGAUACACAAAAGGUUCCAACGAUACCUGCACCGUAAGAUCAAGCGACUUUUCAAGAUCCUAAGCCGCAUUAACGGUGCAUCAUGGACAUGGUCGAUGAGUACGUCGACGCGAGUAGCAUGCAGCAUCGGGACGCGCAGGACGUCCUCGAGGAGUUUAGCUACGAGCUGUCAAAGAUGCGCGGCAGAUGCAUCGAUAUCGGUUGCGGUCCUGGAGACAUUACCGAGGAGAUGUUGCGCAUGCUGCCACAUGACGCGAAGGUGGUAGGUGCGGACAUUUCGCAAACGAUGGUCAACUACGCCCGUCAAAAGCAUUCGGACGAAAAGCGAUUGUCUUACGUCGUCCUGGACAUCGAGACGUCCGAGUUGCCGAGCGACCAGGUUGAGCAAUAUGACAACGCCGUUAGCUUCUACUGCUUGCACUGGUGCAAUGAUUUAUGGCGCGCCUUCCAGAACACUUACAAGCUACUGCGGCCGAAUGGAAAAGCGCUCGUCAUGUUCCUCGGAUAUCAUUUCGGAUUUAAAGCGUACCUGCAACUCAAGCAGAAUCCGCGAUACCAGCCUUAUCUCCAGGAUGCAUGCCGUUACGUACCGUAUUUCCAAAGGUUUAAGUGCAAAGACGCGAGAGCGAGUCUGCGGAAGAUGCUGGAGGACAUUGGCUUUGACGUAUUGCAUUGCAGCAAGAGAGAGAAAAGCUUCAAAUAUAGCAAGCAGAGUCUGAAAAAUCACAUGGUCGCUGUAAAUCCGUUUAUCCCGCGGAUGCCCGAUGAGAUAAAAAACGAAUUCAUAGACAUGCUUCUACGUGAAGUGAUAGCAAACGGGGAUACGGUAAUGAGCAAGAAUGCCUCGAUCUCGCUAGAGGACGAGCAAUCAGAACACAUCGUAUUGAGAUAUUAUCUUCUGAUAGCGUAUGUGCAAAAACCGCAAUUAAUUUCCUGAGCAAAAUACGAAAGAAAUUUUUCUAUAUACAAGUCAUUGACGAUAAGAUAAAACCAAGAUUGGCGCAAUGAAGCUUUGUGUCUCAUUGUAUAUAUACUAUUAUGAGAACAAAAUUAUUUAAGAAUAUUUGACUUUUAUCUAAUAACGGCACGGAUUAAGGGUAAUUGUUCAUUGUGACAAGCACAGUUUUGUAAAAUGAAUAAAAGAAAUAAAUUUGUUUGAAGCACAC